UGAGAGAGAAGAGAUGGAGAAAAGCUCCACGCCGCCUCCAUUAAUGGAUGCCCCCACAACUGCAAAACAUGGAAGAGAGAGGGGAGCCGAUGAUUUCAGGGAGAAGGGAGAUGCCAAGUGUCAUAGUGUGGACAGAAAAGAGGCUCCGGCGGCGGCAAAGAAGGCAGCAGAUCAGAGCAAGGCAUCCGAAGACAUCAACGAAAGCGCCGACGCAUUCAUCAAGAAGUUCCGGCAACAGCUUUUGAUCCAGAGGCUCGAAUCCAUAGAGAAUUACGAGCAAAUGCUUGCAAGGGGGCUCUGACGUACCUUUUCUUCUUCAUCAUCUUCAUGCAUGUAUGUGAUAUAUAAUUGGAAUAUUAUUAAUAAA